CUAAUUCGAGAGGACGUCGAGGUUCUCGCCCACGACUAACACCUUUAUUGCACGACCAUACCUUCCUACCGCAAGGCCUAUUACUUGCAACAAAACUUACUCCUCGAAUUCUAGCCGAUAGCUAAAUCUUUUGACCAUUAUCCAAAUCACACAAUCAACGGGUUACUUCCAGUCACCGCUCGGAGCGAUGAGUCCAAGAAUGCCCUUGGGCGAUUAUUCGAACAUCAAACUAGCUAUGCGCGAUUCACCGUGUGAUGGAGAACGCAAUGGCACUCCAGUAUGGACCAGAAAUCCUUUUGCACCCGAGAACGAGAACGACACAGGAGAAUUGCCAACGGAUCGUAAAGAUGUUUGCGAAGAAACCCACGCAGUACUAAAGAAGGUGCUUGGUUGCGCCCAGCCAGCGAGCUGUCCUAAAGAUGUAACGCUUUUUGAACACUCCCUGAAACCGCCGAGACCUGCUCCUAUCUACGAAGACAAACAAAACGAGGAAUACUGGACAUUCCUGAAAUCAGUGCCAGAUAUCCAGACCGACAGUUUGUCACCUCUUACAAGGUGCCCGAGUCUCAUGAGCGGCAGCACGUUGAGCAGUCGCAACUCUUCAACGAGGUCCACAAGAUCAUAUGUAUGGGAUCCUAGCGAUGACCACAACAACAAUGCCAGAGAGGUUUGUCUUGUACCCGACUGCAGUGGUUUCUGCUCGAAGGACGUAAACGCCCACAUACGGACGACACAUUUUACAGAACGGCUUGUAGACACGUGCCCAGUGAAGACUUGUGAUCGACACAUGAGAGGCUUCACCCGAGCUGGGGACAGAAGACGACAUGUUUUUACCCACUUCAAGGGGGUACUACUUUGCGGCUUUUGCAAAUCUUACGCGACGUGCUUUUCUCAAGCGUCCGAUCGAGUCGAGCUGUUCAUGACCCAUCUCAUAAAGAAGCACGGAGUCAGACCACUACAGAUCGAUCAGCAGUCGGAUGGCGCAAGAUUAAUAAGGAAGAAUCGCAAGUCUAGUGGGAGCUGCCCGGUGACUACCUGUUCCGUGUGUUCGGAACCAUUCACUGCUCAAGUCUUGUACGCGCAUCUACCCGGGUGUAUCCUUCGCGAAGUUACCAGAAAUAAAGAACCCACCGGUUCGGCAAUGCGCGAAGAUGUCAGCGCCGCUUACCAGGUUCCCGAUCUUCAAUCAAUGGAAGAGAUGCAUCCAACCUCUUCAAUAAGUGAGGAAGAGCACACUUCAUGCGGCCAAGAUAUCUGUCAGCCUAAGCUGCUACAAGCAUCCGUCGAGUCAGAUGUGCUAGAGUCUAAAGACAUUGAAGAAUUGACGGCGUCGUCGCGUUGCCUGUCGCUCACGUCAUCAAAAGCUGUUGAAUCAUCCGAAGAGGAUACAGAUUGGACGGAGGAGGGUACCUCGAGAGAAAGCUCACCAGGUAUCUCACAACUUCCACGGCGAUUAUCACCCGCAAAGAAACAAGUUGUGGAGACAAUCAUGCAAGAAUUUCAGCGUAUCUUCGGUCAUUGCCUACGAGCCCAUACGACUGGUGGAAGUAGCUCAGGCUCAUCACACGAUGGAUACAGUGGUUGGUCGAGUAACACAUCGACCUAUUCUAGCGCAUCAUUUGUCUCGCGGAAGCGAAGCUUGAGUGGAGGCGGCUCGACACCGCCUAACGAUGACGAUGACUCAAACAAGCGUCGCCGGCCAGAUUCGACGGUUGAUGGGAAGCAGCCUUUGACCGACCUUAGGUUUGCGUGCCCGUAUUAUAAGCGCAAUCCAGGAAGACACCCAACUUUCACAUCUUGCCGAGACCCAGGCUUCACCACCGUUGCGAGACUAAAGGAGCACUUAUAUCGUCGCCAUCUACUUCCACCGCAAUGCCAUCGUUGCUGCACAACAUUCAAUAACGAUGUUGCCCUUCGGGAACACCAACGUGACGCCCGUGGCUGCGAAGUCCAAGAGCAAACUCCCCUAGAGGGCUUCGACAAGGAUCAAGAACGACGAUUGAAAAGCAAGAAGAGAAGCCAGCAAUAUCAAAGUGAAGAGGAUAAAUGGAAGGGCGUAUAUCGAAUUCUCUUUCCGGAUGAUAUUGAAGCCGACAUACCCAGUGCCUACAUUGAGUAUCAGCCGUGUACCCGCCAGACCCCAGAACCAUCCGACAUCACCCAAUUCCAAGAAUUUACACGGCUAGAACUACCGCGCCUAGUCAGAAGAACACUCGAAAUCGUCGUCGAACAAGAAGCGCAGCCACUGGAAGACAAACUGAAAGAGCGUCUAGUUGACAUCGUCAAAGAAUGCCAGUCACAACUCGUUAACAUGUUUCAAGCCGCCAGUGGGCCUGUUCCCAUGACAUUGACACCACCCAACGACGCUGUACAACAUUCUAAUACUCACAAUGCACUCUCAGUCUUUGAGGGCUUUGACACACUGCCAUAUCACAAUGAACUGGGUAGUAAUAACGUACGCAGCCAACCUGCACAAUACCAAUCCGACUCGCCAGAUGCAGGCUACAACACUUCCUGGCCCAUGACAAUCAACCUUUCACAAGCACCCAUGAACGAAUCAAAUGACCCGACAAGCACUGUACAACCAAUAGCUCUCACCAUGCAUGAAAAUGCAAAUCUAGACGGUUACUACGAUGUCUACGGCCAGCGAGCAGGAAACGUCCAGCCUGCAGUCGAUUUCAACGCUGACGCUUGGUCGUUCAUUGAUGUCUUACCGCGCAGAGGCGGAGGGGAAAACAACGGUAUUGGAUUUGGGUUGGAGUCGUUGAGUGAGUUGGAUCCUCCUGCGUGGCUGGGGAUGUAAGGGCGUUUUAUACCUGGUAUGCAGAUGACUACCCGGACACGGGCAACUUAUAGGAAUGAUUGAUAAUGAUAAAAUCUCUUCAAUUCGUAGCCUGAAAUAACCCCAGAAAAUAUAUGUAUGUGAGGAAAUGAGGAAAUGAACGAUAGAGUGAAUAGCAAAGACUAAUAACGCAAAGUU